AUGCCAGACACGGACAUGAAAUCGGCUGACUCGCAUGGUAGUCGCGGUAACACCUUUGACCCUGACGACCUCGACAUUGACGGCGUCCGUCGACCUCACUUGGCUACUACGGAAGCCAUCGUGGGAGAAGGAUUUGCUGCGCAGCGGAUUUGCAUGUCUGCGAUCACCCAUCUAAAGGAGUUCUCAGGCCGCGAUCACGAUGAUGACCGCGCUCGAAGCUGGGUGCGAAAGGUCAAAUCAGCUUUCUUGCGUAAACAAGCCCCCGAUUCGGAGAAAUGUUUUUGUUUGGAGAUUUGCUAG